AUGCUGCAGGAUAAGGGCCUGUCGGAGAGCGAGGAGGCCUUCCGGGCCCCGGUGUCCGCGGGUGCGCGCGGCUGGCGGAGGAGGCGCCCUCCUGGGUCCAGGCUGCGGCUGUCUGGGCAGACCAUCGAGAACAUCAAGGUGGGCCUGCAUGAGAAGGAGCUCUGGAAGAAGUUCCACGAGGCGGGCACGGAGAUGAUCAUCACCAAGGCGGGCAGGAGGAUGUUCCCCAGCUACAAGGUAAAGGUCACGGGCAUGAACCCCAAGACCAAGUAUAUCCUGCUGAUUGACAUCGUCCCUGCAGAUGACCACCGCUACAAGUUCUGUGACAACAAAUGGAUGGUGGCAGGGAAGGCUGAGCCCGCCAUGCCAGGAAGGCUCUAUGUCCACCCGGAUUCUCCGGCUACUGGGGCCCACUGGAUGCGACAGCUGGUCUCCUUCCAGAAGCUGAAGCUGACAAACAACCACUUGGACCCCUUCGGCCACAUCAUCCUCAACUCCAUGCACAAGUACCAGCCGCGGCUACACAUUGUGAAGGCUGAUGAGAACAACGCGUUUGGCUCCAAAAACACAGCUUUCUGCACCCACGUGUUUCCAGAGACGUCCUUCAUCUCCGUGACCUCCUACCAGAAUCACAAGAUCACACAGCUGAAAAUUGAGAACAACCCUUUUGCCAAGGGAUUCCGGGGUAGUGACGACAGUGACCUGCGUGUGGCCCGGCUGCAGAGCAAAGAAUACCCCGUGAUCUCCAAAAGCAUCAUGAGGCAGAGGCUCGUCUCCACCCAGCUGGCGGCCAAGCCCGACGUCAGCCCCCUGCAUGGCCCCCACCAGGCACUGCAGCACUACCAGUAUGAGAACGGGGCUCACAUGCAGUUUGCUGGGGCCGAGCCACAGGACCUUCCCCUCAACACCUUCCCGGCCCAGAGGGAUUCAAGCCUCUUCUAUCACUGCUUGAAAAGACGAGACAACGCCCGCCACCUGGACCUACCCUGCAAGCGCUCCUACCUGGAAGCCCCCUCUGCGGUGGGGGAGGAUCAUUACUUCCGUUCACCCCCUCCCUACGACCAACAGAUGCUGAGCCCCUCCUACUGCAGCGAGGUGACCCCAAGAGAAGCCUGUAUGUACUCGGGUUCAGGGCCUGAGAUUGCCGGGGUGUCUGGGGUGGACGACUUGCCCCCACCCCCCCUGAGCUGUAACAUGUGGACGUCAGUCUCUCCGUACACGAGCUACAGCGUUCAGACAAUGGAGACUGUGCCUUACCAGUCCUUCCCCACGCACUUCACCACCACCACUAUGAUGCCUCGGCUGCCCACUAUCUCCGCUCAGGGCGCCCAGCCACCAGGAAACACCCACUUCAGUGUCUACAAUCAGCUUUCCCAGGCUCAGGGCCGAGAGCGGGGGCCCACCACCGCCUUCCCGAGGGAGCGAGGCCUCCCCGCGGUGUGUGAGAGGAAGCCACCCUCUCCACACCUGAACGCUGCCAACGAGUUUCUCUACUCUCAGAGCUUCUCCCUAUCCCGGGAAGCUUCCGUACAGUACCACCCAGGAAUGGGGACUGUGGAGAACUGGACUGACGGAUGACUCCCAGGUCCCUCGACAGCCCCAGGACCAUGUUGACCCAGCACUGACCUCUGUG